CCGCUCCGGGCCUGGCGGGCUCCGUCUCCACCCUCGCGAAGCCCCGACCCAGGUCUCUGAGGUCUUUAGGGGAAGUGAGUCUGAACCUCGUGACCCGGCUGUCCCGGGUCUUUCAGAGUCCAUUGCUGUCGCCUCAUGGCAGUACCGCGCUCGCUGCUGCUGGCUGCGCUGCUGUGGGUCCCUGCCGAAGCCCUGAGCUGCUAUGGGGACUCCGGGCAGCCUGUGGAUUGGUUCGUGGUAUACAAGCUGCCGGCUCACAGCGGGUCUGGGGAUACUCCGUGGAAGGGCCUGACAUAUAAGUACAUGGACCAGAACUCCGAGGGGUGGAGAGACGGUGCAGGCUACAUCAACAGCUCGGAGGGAGCCGUGGGCCUCAGCCUACAGCCGUUGUACCGAAGGAACUCCAGCCAGCUGGCCUUUCUGCUCUACAACGACCAACCUCCUAAAUCCAGCUCAGCUCGGGACUCUUCCAGCCGUGGGCAUACGAAGGGUGUCCUGCUCCUGGACCAAGAAGGGGGCUUCUGGCUGAUCCACAGUGUGCCUCGCUUCCCAGCCCCCGCGUCCUCUGGCGCGUACAGCUGGCCUCCUAAUGCUCAAACCUACGGCCAGACCCUGAUCUGUGUGUCCCUCCCCUUCACUCAGUUUCCGAAGAUUGGCAAGCAGCUAACCUAUACCUAUCCCCUAAUCUAUGACCACAAGCUGGAAGGCAUCUUUGCUCAGAAACUACCUGGCCUAGAGGAGGUGAUCAGGGGCCACCACGUCCUCCAUGAACCCUGGAACAGUAGUGUAAUGCUCACUUCCCAAGCUGGGGCCACCUUCCAGAGCUUUGCCAAGUUUGGAAAGUUUGGAGAUGACCUGUACUCUGGCUGGUUGGCAGAAGCUCUUGGCACCAAUCUACAGGUCCAGUUCUGGCCAAAUUCUCCAGGCAUCCUGGCUUCCAACUGUUCCGGGGCCCAUCAAGUUCUGGAUGUGACUCAGACAGGAUUCCCUGGUCCAUCUGGACCGACAUUCAGUGCCACAGAGGACCACUCCAAGUGGUGUGUAGCCCCCCGAGGGCCCUGGGCCUGUGUGGGUGACAUGAAUCGGAAUAAGGGAGAAGCCCACCGAGGAGGGGGCACACUGUGCACCCAACUGCCUUCCUUUUGGAAGGCCUUCCAGUCCCUGGUGAAGGCGUGGAAGCCCUGUGGAGAGGGGGGCUGACGGAAAGCCCAGCAGAAAAAAGAACUAAGACUCCGGGUCUAACCUUGGGGCAGGACCAGCCUUUACCUCAGCACUUGGGAGGCACAGGCAGGUGGAUCUCUGAGUUCAAGGCCAAUCUGGUCUACAGAGAAAGAGUUCCAGGACAGUCAGGGCUACACAGAGAAACACUGUCUCAAAGGGAAAAAAAGAAAAAAGAAAAAGAAUAGAAAGAAAAGACUCAGA